AUGAAAUUACACUGUUAUAGUCUCGAAGUCCCGGUUGAAAGUAGCAAACACCGACGUAAUUCCAAUAUCAACCCAAUUAUUGAUAAAGUUUUGGAAGCAAAACGUGCAGAUGGUCUUGCCCGCCUCUGGCAAAGCCAUAAAGAAGUGCUCAUAUAUGAACAGACAGGACCUCCAGACUUUGAUGAUGUUACUCAAUUUUACAUACAUGAUUAUAAGUUGGUUCGAGCCAUGAGGGAUGUGUUAAAUCAAAGAAUAACCCUUCGUCUUAAAGAUGGGAUAUCUGAUCAUAAAGACCUAGCAAGCUUUGGUGCCUUUGGCCAUCGCACCGAG